AUGUCUCUUAUCAGUUAUGCGUAUGACGUUGAACGCCAGGCCGGCCUCGAUAUCCAAGCUUUUCCGCAGGUCACCAGAAACAUGCCAAAUAUUCGAGAUCGAGCGGGGCAAGGCUGCUUCCUCUGCCUAGAGAAUCCUCGAGAGGGACAGUAUGCUGUCCUCGUGCCGUGCCUUCGACCAGCGAAGGCCCGCAGAGUGGUGGGACAAGCUAAGGUUUUUACCGACAAUCCGAAACCAAUAUAUGAGAAGACGAUGCCUUGGAACUAUGCCUGCGAGUCAGAUAACGAUAUUUAUCAGAGAUUGGUAGAUACUAGCUAUCAGUAUUUGGGCUGGUGGAAGAAAUUGCUGCCUUACUACGGAAUCACUGAAGUGCUAGAGGUCAACUUUCAUUUUGCUGGUGUUGUUGAGCCAGAUGGACGCUAUCCUAUCCGGAUGGAACCGGUGAACCCCGAUAAGGUCUCAGAGGAGUGCGAGGUGAUUAUAAAAAGGCAUCCAUCGGGUCCAUACAUUGAUAUUAACGAUGCAUGCCUGGACGACUACUGUCACAAUGACGAAUGCCGUAUUAACAUGGAGGUAUGGUCCCAACCGUGUAUUAGGAUUGACGCAGAGAAAGCAGAAGAGCGCCGCAACCGGCUUCAGUUCCUACCGCUUCUAAAGGAAUGUGGUCGCGCCUCAGCAAGAGCCAAUGGGCUGCAGACGAUGGAAGGUUUAGCGCAAGAGAGUUGCAUCUACGAUACAAAGGGGCCGAACCGAGUCUUGCUACCUCUUCCGAACCAAAAAUUCCGGGGAACAGUUCGGAUGAGAGGUCUACACUUCGUUCUGGGGUUGCAGAAAGAUCGAAUGAGGAUAGAAUUGCCAUUCAGAAUCUCCUGUGCUUGGUUUGGAGUUGCCUUCAUCUGGCUUUGCCUAGUCCUCUGGAGAUGGGGAGGGGGUGACUGGGAAACCGCGCUCGCAUUCGCGCAAGUUGUUGCAGCGUCUAUAUCUAUCGUUAUUGUCUGUGCCCAAUAG